AUGAUCCCCAGACCUCGUCGGUGUCAUGCCUUCGUUUCCCCGCUGAUUUGUGUGGGUUUUAUGGCGGGGAUCACUGGCUCAAACGUGCCGAAAUGGCUAAACUUCGGUGGGCAGUGGGUGUCUCGCUUCAGUGGCAUGGCUAAAAGUCGGAGACCUGCACCAACCACGGCCACUCUGCCGAGAGAUCACGAUCACAGAAGUGCUCCUUUUCCCGACCUUUUCCCGAUUUACACGCUCCGUUGUUGCUCUUCUUGCUCAAAUGGCGGAAAUCAAGACCGAGAUAAUCAAGAUAAAAGGGCGAGGUGCUGUCCUCACGAGAGAGAUUGGAUGAAAUGUCCAAGUCCAGACACACCUCAAGCAACCACCAUGACAUCUCCCUCAGUCUACGACAACUUUGUCUGGCGCGAGAUCAGCCCUGGCAUUUGGCAGCGUGACGCCGACGAGGCCGAGGUGUUCUACUCUUCUUUGGUCAAACAGUAUGCAGGGAGCGGCCGCAUGCACUUCGCUAUCACUGGCCAUGUGUCGUUGACUAUCCCGGUUCUCGAAGGCCAGGAUGCCACUGCGGUCGCGCCCAGAUUCGACGCAGCUCUACAAGCCGCAUGGCUGAGACUUCGACAUCAACUUCCCAGCAUCGGUGCCCAAGUUCACUUUGACAGCCAUGAGCAGAAAUGGAAGAAGACAUACACGAUUUUGCCCGAUGACGGCGCCCGCGCCGCCUGGCUUGACAAGACGUUUCACUUCAUUACAGACGGGCAGACUGGAGUGGAAUGGGCCAAUUCGGACCCUCCUGCUCCAGAGCUUGCGACAUUGUUUGUCGUUGCCGUACCUACUUCUCCGAACUCAGGGGUCCGCCGUGACAUCGUCCUUCGCUCCCCUCACGACAUCAUUGAUGGCAUUGGCACUCUACAACUUCUCAAUGCCUUCGUUCAUCACGCCUCACAGGCUUUGGGUGAGUGCUCAACCAUGCAACUUGCCAUCCUCGAUGGCUCCGAAACAGCACGCCUGAGUCCACCUUAUCGAGUGGCUGCCGCUGUUCCUCCAGUUCCCACUCCCGAGCAGAAAGCGAAACAAGCAGCACUACAAGAGGCCAACAACGCACCCCAAGAUCUAGCAGUUGGGAGCAUCGGCAUUCCAUAUCGUCAAGGCGCUCCCUUACCUGGUAAACAUCAACGAGUCGCUCAUACCAUUUCUGCCGAUCGUGCCUCCUCACUGCUGGCGGCGCUCAAGGCUAUUGGUGCGACGCCGACCCAUGCGUUCCACGCUGCCAUUGCCAUGGUAGUCCGCGAUCUCCAUACCGAGAGCCUGUCGGCGCCGCCUGAUGCUGGCGCCUUGGUCAAGUACAUCAACUACAUUCUCCGGAAUGAGCGUCAAAGCUGUCAGCCGCCUUUCAACGGGCCUCAUCAUGCAGCAGCCGUUUAUCACUCUGUUUCUGGGGCAAAGCUUGCUGUAACGAUGCCGGCCACCGUCUUUGCCGAUGCCAGCAAACGAGACGACGAAUUUCUCGAUAUCUUGGCUCAAAUUCGACAGUUCUACCACUCCGUGCGUGACGACAAAGACCACUUUGCUCUGGCGCCAUACAUCUGGACGGCGGCCACCCCUUCCCUUCCAUUGCCUCAAUCCGAGAACGACAAGUGGGAUAUUCCGGUCCCGCCGCCCAAUUCCAAGCCCUCUGUCUCCAUUUCCAGCAUGGGCGUCAUCGACAAACUAAUUGUUUCGCGCGUCGGUGAGGUAGAGGUUCACAACCCCUGGGUGACCGGUGAGGAGCUGGGCACUGGACUGGGGUUGUUUCUCGGGACAUUUAGAGGAGAGAUGGAGCUUAGUGCCGCGUUCAACGAAGCGUGGCAUACAGCGGAAGAGGUCCACGGGUUUUUGGACAGGUGCGAGAGGAUUGUUUUCGGUUGGGUUGAUCGUAGGUAA